GGCCACGUGGAUUUUAACUAUGAAGUGUCGCGGUCGUUGUCAGCCUGCCAAGGAGUCGUGUUGGUUGUAGACGCAAACCAGGGUAUCCAGGCUCAAACAGUAGCGAACUUUUACCUUGCAUAUGAAGCACAACUUUCAAUCAUUCCCGUUAUAAAUAAGAUCGACCUCAAGAAUGCCAACCCAGAGAUGGUGGAAGCUCAGAUUGAAAACACUUUUGAUAUUCUCAAAGAAGACUGCAUUCGAAUUUCAGCUAAACUUGGAACAAAUGUUGAAAGAAUACUUCAGGCGGUGAUUGAACGGAUUCCCCCGUUGGGGUUCCUUGGCCUUUUACAUAUGGAAGUUUUUAAUCAGCGACUGGAACAAGAACACAACGCCUCGGUCAUUUUGACAGCGCCCACGGUUCCCUACAAGGCCAUCCUUUCUUCCCCCAAAUUGAUAAAGGAACACAGAAAAGAGGAAAUCACGAUCGUGAAUCCCGCCGAGUUUCCUGACCAAUCCAUGGUGACGGGAUACCUGGAGCCGAUAAUCCUAGGCACUAUCGUGACCCCUAAAGAAUAUAUUGGACAAAUAUUAGCCCUUUGCCAGAAACUUUCUUUUAGAUAUGCUGGCCAGGUUGGCUACAUGAUUGCUGGAAUGAGAGAGAUUAUGGAUGCUCAAAUAGGGGAUACGGUGUAUUCGCAUAAUCAGCCGGUGGAACCGUUUCCUGGGUUUAAAUCCGCAAAACCAAUGGUCUUUGCAGGAGUGUUUCCAACGGACCAGUCCGAAUAUUCUAACUUGAAGGGAGCCCUGGAAAAGCUGACCCUCAAUGACUCCAGUGUGACCGUUCAGCGGGAUAACAGCCUGGCGUUGGGGGCCGGGUGGAGAGCCAAGUUGAACUGGCCUUUUUCUGUUUUCAGCUUUGACUAUGAAGACGCUGGGUACCAGCCUGCAGAUCUUGUCAAAAUGGAUAUUUUUUUAAAUGGAAAAUCUGUGGAAGAGCUGAUAACUAUUGUUCCGAGAGAGAAAGCCUACUCUGUUGGUAAAUCCAUGUGCGAGCAAUUAAGGGACCUCAUCCCACGACAAAUGUUUGAAAUUGCGAUCCAGGCAGCUCUUGGCAACAAAAUAAUUGCCAGAGAAACGGUGAAAGCUUUUAGAAAGGAUGUGCUGGCAAAAUGCUACGGAGGUGACAUUACCAGGAAAAUGAAGCUUUUGAAGAGACAGGCCGAAGGGAAGAAGAAGAUGAGGAGAAUUGGAAACGUGGAAGUGCCAAAGGACGCCUUUAUCAAAGUUCUCAAGAAACAGCUCGACAGGUAGCUCGCUUCCAGCUGUUGGCAAAGCCAAGCUUGAGGAAUUGUUGAGCCAGCUGUUUACAAACCGAGGACUACCUUGAAUUGGAUCUCACCUGUUCCGCGUACAGAUUUGGCAUCGUUCUAAUGGGCCCAUCCAAGGAAGCAGCAAAACUAAAAAAUCUAAAAUAUAGUUUAACAUCUGAGGAUAUUGCAGCCAAUUUUUGAUGCCUUUGAGAUGUCUGUUCACUUUUUUCCAUACUUGAUUACAGUCCGCGCCCUUGGCUGCACUAGAUUAAAAAAAAAAACCUGGGUACAAAUAGUUAUCCUCAAUUUACGACUACAAUCAU